CGUCUAUCUUAUUAUAGCGUUGUAUUAUUUUCAUUUACUGUUUAUAAUUGGCUUAAACUGAGCAUAGUAGUGUAAUGUUAGCUUAUUUAUAUAAUUAUACUCCUAAACUUAGAAAUUUACAAGCAAUUUCAUACAGUUAAGAGCCAUGAAUAGGGUAAAACAGGAACUGGAAUCGGAUAAUUUGGUGGCGUGUCGUAUUUGCCUAGCUUGGGAAGGCCGACUCUUUGACAUCAGAGAAUGGGGUCUUGACCAGGUUUAUGUGGAGCUUAUGGGGACAACUCUGUCAGCAUGGGACGGACUGCCACAGCACCUGUGCGCGUGGUGCCGCGCGCAGCUCGCGCGGGCGCAGGCGCUGCGCGCGCGGUGCCGCCGCGCCGACGCGCUGCUCAAGCAGGCACUCCUACACCAGCAUUUUAUUUCAAACAGCUACAUCCGAACUAUAGAUAGAAAAGCACAAAAAUUAACACAUCCUCUCUCUAACCACACUACUAAAGAAACUAUAGAUAUUGUAUUUGAAGAAAUUCAGACAAGCAAUGAUGUGAAAGAUGAAUUAGGGCGUGAUAUGAUAGGUGAUGAUGAUCAUGUUGAUAUGGAUGAUGAUCUAUUUCUAUCCAAUGAUGAUAUGAAACCGUUUGAUAUUAACUUUGCUGAUGUCUCACUAGUUAAAGACGAUGAUUUAACAGAAAUAAGUCUAGAUAAGAGUAAAAUUAUAGUUGAAGAAGUUACAUCUAAAAGAAUAACCAGAAAAGCGAAAAGAAAAAAAGCAGAAGAAAUCGAGAUUGAAAUCCGUAAAAGGAAAAGAUCGCAAAAGAAAACUCGAGAGAAAGAAUCGUCAGUCAAAUUUGUAGUUAAAAAGAAGGAGAAACGUUUAAAGAAAAGUAAAAUUAAGAGGGAAGAAGAUUACAAAGAGUUUGAGAAGAAAUACGACUUCCAAGUGAAGUGUUUGACGGAAGAGGAGAUGGUGGAAGAUAUGGAGAGGAGGAAGUUGUCUGAUAAGGCCAUUAAGGGGGUGGUGAAGUGCCAGUUGUGCUAUAAAGGGUUUAUGAACAAUACUACUUUGGAGAAUCAUAUGAAGAUCGCGCAUGAUCCGUCCGUUGGUUCGAACGAGUGCCACCUGUGCCACUCUCGCUACCGCUUCGCAGUGAAUCUCCGACAACAUGUACAGAAUGCCCACCAGCUCAUGUUCAAAUGCAGGCAAUGCGGGGAGAUCGUGUGGGGCGAGUCACACGCGGUGCUGCACGCCGGCAUACACGCGGGGACAACUCUCAAGUGCCGACAUUGUGACAAACAAUUUGUGAAGAAAACGACCCGUACGACACAUAUGCGUAUGGCGCACCCGGUUGAGAACGCGGCCGGCGGCACGUGCGAGGUGUGCGGGGAGACCUUCACCAGCCGCCGCGGCCUGCGCAGUCACAAGGCGCGCACGCACAACAAGCAACUGCAGCCGUCGGUGCCGGGUUUGUUCUGCCGGAAGUGCCGCGUGCAGUUCGAGUCCAAGCCGGCCCUGCAACACCACAAACAGCAGCAGGACGGCCAGCGCUGCCACAACGACCACAGUGCGUGCGAGCAGUGCGGCGCGCUGUACCCGACCGAGGACGAGCUGAUACGACACAAGCACGAGGCGCACGGCGUGCAGCUGUUCACCUGCGACGCGUGCUCCAAAUCGUUCCUAUCCAAGGUGUCCCUCUCGGUGCACAUAGACCGGGUGCACCUGCACAUCAAGCCGGUGCGGCCGAACCGGCCCAAGCCGGCCGGCGAGCGCCGCGGCUCCAAGCCCAAGCCGAAGCAGAAGUUCAAGCUGGACAACAUGUGCGAGAUCUGCGGCAAGGCUUACUCGUGCCUGGCGCUGCUGAAGACACACCAGAUGCGUCACACGGGCGACCGGCCCUUCAAGUGCACCGAGUGCCCAAAGGGGUUCGUCACCGCCACGCUGCUCCGGGAGCACCGCGACAUCGUGCACGCGCGACUGCGCAAGUACCGCUGCCCGGAGUGCCCCAAGACGUUCCUGCACCAGUCCUCCGUGUACGUGCAUCGAGCAAUCCACACGGGGGAGAAAGCGUACGAGUGCAGUUUCUGUGGCAAGGCGUUCACGCAGGCGGGCACGCUGCACACGCACGUCAAGUUCGUGCACAUGAAGGUCAAACCGCCGCCGAGGAAAAGGAACAAACACUUGAUGGACGCCUAACACACAU